UUGAUGCCAAACGGCACGUUGAAUGCCUACCUACAGUCUAAACACAGUGAUUUAAUAGUUCUGGAUUGUUCACGUAUGUUGGAGGAUGUCAGCGCUGGCCUUCGCUACUUGCACUCGAUACCAGUCAUGCAUGGAGAUAUAACAGGGGCAAAUAUCCUAAUUGACAAGAGAGGUCAUGCGCAGCUGAUCGAUUUUGGUCUUUCCACCAUUGUUCAACCUCUUCUCAGCCAGUCGCACUUGGAAAUAUCAUCCAUAUGUCCAGGUGCAAUCCGUUAUGCAGCACCAGAAUUCGUUUUAUCCGAUGAUGCCCUUGAGCUACCUUUGGAGAAAGCUGACAUCUACUCUUUUGGUUGUAUAAUGCUUCAAGUUCUCUCGGGUCGACUGCCUUGGUCUGAGAUCGGAUCGGGUCGGCUGAUAAUGUGCAUCAUUGUUACAAUGUCGCAAAGGCAUGGACUGCAACGCCCCGAUGGUCACCCAGCAAUAAUCGACCCAGAUUGGGACUUCAUCCAAAGGUGUCUGCAAUUCGGACCU